AGAACAAUCAGCUUUUAAUAAACACAACAUGAUAUAACAAAGAUGAAACAUUUGUUUUUAAAUCUCAGACUGCAAAAAUAAAAUGUCCUGCCCUCCAAAAUAAAAGUUUUCUAAAUCACUUUAAAUUAAAUGAAGAAGAUGAAUCAAAGAGUUCAGAGGUCAAAUCAAAGUCUGCGUUUCUUCUCAUGUCUGACUGAACUUCAACCAUCAAACGCGCCAAUUAACAUAUUAAGAUGUGAGCUCAUUAACAUAUUAAAGAGCCGUCAGGUGUUUGAUGGCAGAUCCAGACUUGUGUUUAAAACUGGACCCUCAGAGCUCAGAGGCCUCAGCAGCACUCAGGUCUGAAUCAUGGACGGAACCAGCAGAGUGUCAGACUUCAGCAUCGACCGCAUCCUCUCCCCGCAGCUCGGACACAAGCAGCCGGCCAUGGAGUUCUCCCCGGACGGGUAUCUGUACGGGCUCCCCGGCGGGUUCAGCCUGGACUCCGGGACUCUCAGAGCUCCUGCUCCGGUCCCAGUGCCGGUGCCGGUGCCGGUGCCAGGCUGCCUGCAGUACCGAGGGAUGGGCUUUGGAGAGGCGUAUUGCCCGUACGGAGCAGGCUUCCAUCACAGCAGCAUGUAUCCAAACUCUGGAGUGUACGUGCACUUCGGCAGCAGCAGUCCGGACUCUGCAGGUAAACUUUGGCUCCAGCUUCUUCACUUUAACCGGAACCGUUUAACGUUUCAUCACCGUCACGAGAAAACUUUCCUAACUCACGUGUCUCUCCCUCCAGAUGCUCAGCAGUUGGCGGGUUACCAUGGUUACCACCAAGCCGGGGUGUCCGCGCAGUCGCAGCUUCGUCAGAAGUCCCGGAUGAGGACGGUGUUCACCGACAGUCAGACCAAGAGGCUCGAGGCGCUGUUCGAGCUCACCGACUACCCGGCGGUGGAGGCGCGAGCCGAGGUGGCGAGGAGCACCGGGCUGAGCGAGGAGACAGUCAGGGUCUGGUUUAAGAACCGCAGAGCCCGCAGGAAGCGGCAGCGCAGCGGCUCCAAAGUCAAGUCUCCGUCCCCGCCCCGCGGCGCUGCAGCGGAGAUGAAACUCUUCACCUCCGUCCUCUGAAGGUCACAGCUGCUGCUCAGAGGUCAAACUCACCGCGUGCAGAGACUCUCACCUGCAGAGGUCAAAGGUCACCUGACGGCAUCCUGGUCGAAGGCACCUCGGCAGGGCGGAUGUUUGUGAUGGUGCAUUCAGGGGAUGUUGGGGAAAGUCGGACACUUGUUUAUACGCUGCAGUUUUUUCUAGUUUUAAAUUAUUUUUGAAUUUCUAUGUAAUUUAUUGAAGUCAGGUUUCAAACACCAGCAACAUUUGUAACUUGGAGUGUUUCAUGAAGAAAUAAAUGGAGUUAUGAUGUGACGUCAGUCUGUUGUUUCUUUAUUAACUGUUCAGAUG